AUGAUCGUAUCUACCUCCAUAUCUCAGGCACAUUGCUUGGAUGUCCAUGUGUUCUCUGAUGCAUCAGAACAUGCCGUUUCUGCCGUUGCAUAUCUCCGAGUCAUUGACAGAGUGGGAGAAGUUUCUAUUGGAUUCCUUAUGGGAAAAUCAAAGCUGGCACCUCUUAAAGGUCACACCAUACCAAGACUGGAAUUAUGUGCCGCCGUCCUGGCCACAGAGGUAGGAGAAGCAGUAUGUGACUAUUUGAACAUUCCACAAGAUCGGUUUCAUUACUACAGUGAUAGCAGAACUGUCUUAGGAUACAUUUGCAAUAACAUCCGCAGAUUUUUUGUGUAUGUUUCGAACCCUGUAGAAAAAAUUCACAAAGUUUCAUCUUCAUCUCAGUGGUCCUAUAUCUCAACAGAUAAAAACCCUGCAGAUAUAGCGACAAGAUAUUCACAUACAGCAUUGACCACAUCUCUACAAAACUGGAUAACUGGACCCCAAUGGUUGAGAAAUAUUCCAGAGGAAACCAAGACUGUAUAUCCCCUCAUUGAGCCGGAAAGUGACAGAAAAAUUAAUCAAGAAGUUGUUUCAGGCAAAACUCAAAUUUCAACUGAGAUUUUGGACUCGAGUCGUUUUUGUAAAUUUUCUACCUGGAAGAGUCUUGCGAAAGCCAUUUCAACUCUGAGACGUUUCAUUAGAAGUAAAACAAAAGUGAACUGUGAAACCAUUGAAGAACAACCAAAAUUACACAAAGAAACAGAAAAAUUCAUCAUUCAACUGGUUCAACAAGAGUCUUACAGUAGAGAAAUUGAAAAUCUAAAGAGUGAAAAACCUAUACCAAGAGACAGCAAAGUGUCAAGACUAUACCCGUUCCUUGAUUCGUCAGGAGUUUUCUGUGUCGGCGGAAGGCUAAAGCGAAGUUCAGAAUUAUCGCUAGGAGAAAAGAAUCCAGUCCUUAUACCUAAUCAACGCCAUAUUGCGAAACUUCUAGUGCGUCAUUAUCAUGAAAUAAUUCUUCAUCAAGGACGUCAUCUGACUGCUAGAGCUAUCAGAGCUGCAGGAUACUGGAUACCGAGCUGCAAACGACUGAUAUAUUCCAUUUUAUCUGGUUGUGUAAAAUGCCGUAGACUUUGUGGCAACUUUGUUUAUCAAAAGAUGGCAGACUUACCUGAGGAACGACUAGUUUCUUGCCCACCAUUUACUUAA